CUAUAUCACUGUUAGGCUGAGUGAUGAGAGAAUAAAUUUGGUCGUUUUUGUGAACGAUCGUUUUUAUGUUCAACCUGGUAACCUUAUAAGUGACUAACUGUUUUAUCAUGAUGAAAUGAAACAUAAAAAAAUAAUCAGAGGGAAUGACGGUCGCAUUUUUCGCAUAUAUGUCAUGCUCGCAUUAAUUUCAUGAUUUACUCAAGAUAGAUUUGAGCAACGAUCAUGUUUGGGUAAGGGAGAUAAUUUUGUCUCCGCUUGCAAUUGGUUUCAAUCGGACGAGCAGCUCCGAGAUCGCAGCUUGACUGUUCGGUACGGCCGAAACGCGGCAUCCAUGUUGUUCACGCUCCUUAGAUCACGCGGCCUCAUUAGUCUGACGAGACAUAGCUCCCCUGCCACUAUCGCUUUGCUUCAGUUUCUGCCAGUCUAUACCUUUCUUGAAUCAAUUAACGAUUUCAUUGUCAAAGUGGUCUGAUUUCAGUAAUGUUAAUGAAAACGGUGUUGUAAUAUAUUAUAAACUUGAACAUUGUGCACUAUCUGUUAUACAUCUGUCAGUUAUAUAUGUAAUAUUCAUAUUGUCAGGGAUUGUUUUACUAAAUGUGUUAACACUUAUAUCACCCGUUUACAUCAUCUGCUGCUAGUGUCGAAAACAAGUGUUUGACGAAUUCAAGUUUUACCGCAUAACCAUAUUGUGGAAACAUUUUAAUUUUGUAUUUGGUCUCAUCGUAGAGUCCAGUCAAGCGCAAGAACAAAAUCUUGAGACAAAGGGAAGAAAAUGGAAAAAAGAAUAGAUUAGGAAGCGGUCCAGUUGCCUCAUCUACACCUAUGACAAGAGUUUACGACUUUUCAGAUGGAGAAGAUGACGGUCAGGACUUACUGAGAAGAGCCUCAAGCUGUAAGAAACAAGCUGCAAUUCAAGCUGAGACUCCUCGUAUGAGACAAGGAAAGUCAAUCCCCUAUGCAGAAUUUCUCCAACUCAUGAGGGUCAUGGAAGGACGACUUCACAGGGCCAUUACAGAUUUGAAGGGCGAAGUCGGCGACCUUAAAAAGGAAAUUGGAAACUUAAACAGCGAGGUUAGAGACCUCAAGAGCAAACUUACUGAAAAGAAUACACAGGUUACCGCCCUAACUGCAAAAGUUACACGUUUGGACAACAGGGUCCAGGAACCAACACAAACUUCGACCAAAUCCAGCAAAGUCAGUACAAACAUAAGGGCAGCAUUGAAGGCAGCGAUCGACCAUGCUGAAACUGAGAAAGGGUGGACUAUGGAGCCUAUGUUCACGUUGGAGUCCGCACAGAAUCGACAAGUUGUCAAAUACAUCUGGGACUUUUCUAAGGUGAUAGCUCCAAGCAUGACAAAACAGGAAUUUAAAGGUAUUUUUAUCAUUUAAGUGUAUUUCAAAUGC